AUGGCCACCACACUCGCUGCACUUCCAGAGGUUGAGCGCCUCAGCCCCAGGGUCAUCCGCAUUCUUGGCGGGAACCCGGGAAAGUUUACUUUGCAAGGCACGAACACCUACCUCGUAGGUCAGGGCCCGAAGCGUCUUUUGAUCGACUCCGGCCAAGGCAUGCCCGCCUGGAUAGACUCACUCAAGAAAGUCCUGAAGGAAGAGAACGCGUCUGUGGACCAUGCAAUCCUCACUCACUGGCAUCCGGACCACGUCAAAGGCGUUCCAGACUUGCUGUCAUUCUCACCGACCACCAAGGUCUACAAGAACCAGCCGGAUGAAGGAACCCAGCUGGACAUCGCCGACGGCCAGCGCUUCGAGACGGACGGCGCCACGCUGAGGGCGUUCCACUGCCCCGGCCACACGACUGACCAUAUGGCUUUGAUUCUGGAAGAAGAAGACGCCAUGUUCACUGGUGACAACGUUCUCGGCUCCGGCACCGCUGUCUUCGAGGAUUUGGCUACCUACAUGGACAGUCUGGGGCGUAUGGCACAGCAGUUUUCUGGACGCGCCUACCCUGGGCACGGUCCUGUGAUCGAGGACGGCAAGGCAAAGGUGCUGGAGUACAUCAAACAUAGGCAAGAGCGGGAGGGGCAGGUUCUUGAGGUUUUGGCCAGAUCGAAUGGGGAGGCAUCGAGCUGGCAGUCUAUGCAAGUCGUCAAGGAGAUUUACAAGGACGUCCCAGAGACUCUGCAUGAGGCUGCACAGAGAGGGGUCCUGCAGAGACGUGGAAGCUGGUUGCCAAGAUUGACGACGGAGGAGUUCGAGAACGCUAUCUCGAGUCUCAUCACCUCAACAUCAGAUAAGACUUCCUCCAGGACGUGUUUCGAUGAUAAUGUCUUCGACAAAGUCAGCAACCUUCUUGCCUGUGUUGAGCGGCAGGAUUGGAGCCUCCGCCCUAGGACCUAUGUCCUGCUGCGCAUGAUACAUCGAACGGAUUACAUGCACCACUUUGUCCGUCACGGACUGCGAGACAUCCACCUACCUUAUGAUCAGAAACGGCUGCCGAGCUUUCUUGACGACGUCUCGAGACACAUGUUCCUGGAGAAGCAAUCGGCUGUCCUUACCAAGGCGAAUGACUUGGAACUUGAGAAUGGCCGCCAUAGACACUUCAACUUCGAUGCUGAUCGCUAUUUUCACAUUUUGGGAAACCUCGGGAAUGGCAAAUUUGGGGUUGUUGACCACGUACAGAGCAAACUCUCCAUCAACAGAUAUGCUCGGAAGCGCAUCUACAGAGCGAGGCCCGCCAUCAGAGAUAAAGAAGCCAUGAGGUCAUUUGAGAAUGAACUCGAAAAUCUGAAGCGGCUGCGGCACCAACACCUGGUCACCUAUAUUGGGUCUUACACAGACCCUCAUUACGUGGGCAUUCUUACCAUUCCGGUUGCCGACUAUGAUCUUCAGUGGUUCCUCAAACAAACCCCGUUCCCAGCAAAUGGCGUUUCUCUCUUGCGCCAAUUCUUUGGCUGCCUGUGCUCGGCGGUCCAAUAUCUCCACAUCAACAAAUGCCGACAUAAAGACAUCAAACCUGGCAACAUCCUUGUCAAGAACGGACAGGUUUAUCUGACCGAUUUCGGCACAGCGCGAGACUGGAGUGACCAUACAAAAGCUACGACUGUGGGCCCAAUAAGAGCGCUUUCGGUGCUGUUCCUCCGCUUCCUCCACGCGCUGUAG